GCUAGCACGUGGGGGAGCGGCCGGAGCGCUGCGCUGCGGGGCCGGGCCGCUGGGCGGAGGCGGGGGCCGGGGGGGCCGGGGGGUCAGGGGGCGGCGGCGGCGGCGCGAGGAGUCUGCAUCCCGACGGUCUCUGAGGAGCUGGUGUAAUUACUUCACGCCUCCAGGAUGGCGAUCCAAUUCCGUUCACUUUUCCCCUUGGCACUGCCUGGAGUGCUGGCACUCCUCGGCUGGUGGUGGUUUUUCUCUCGUAAAAAAGAGUGCAUCAGCAGCCACGACAAACAGAUGGAGGCCAGCGCUGUGGAGCUGAGGGCCGGCCCUGCUACUGAGGAAACGCUCCCUGUAGAGGACACCUGUCCUGGAGCAGCGGCCCCGCCCCUCAGCAUCACCCAGCCGGAGAGGGAGAGGGAGCUCUCCACCGCCAGCAAGCCCUCCGUGGAGCCGCCGGCCCUGCUGCGGGCGCACCCGGCCUGUCGGAGAUCAGAGUCCUCGGGCAGCCUUCCCAACACUGCGGACACGAGAUUUCGACCAGGAGCACGUAAAGAAGACAGUGCAAGGGUAGAGCUCGCUCUGACGGGUGACGAAGCCACGUCUGUUCCUCUAGAGUGUCCCCUGCUGUCCCCAAAGGGUGUUCCGUUCCCCCAUGAAGCAGCUGAGGCGUGUAAGCGAGAGGCCGUGCUGGGUAGGCCGGCAGGGCAGGGCCAGCAGGGCCAGUCUGCAGCCCCCGGGGAGAAGACCAGGGAGAUGGGCGGGGCUGAAGGCACUGGUGAUGCGGUGCUAGGAGAAGGUGUGCUGGAAGAAGGUCCGGUGUCCCGGGAGCAGGGCCCUGAGUUGCAGAGCAGCAGAGCCCCCAGCCUGGCUCCCUUGGGAGGAAGGGGAGAGAAGGGGGGGAGCAGCCCACCGGUGGUGGAGGAGAACGCCGUGGGGAAGUUGCUGAGUGGCUUCCUGGAGUCAGCCCACGCAGAGCUGGCGGUGCCCGACGAGACGCCAGUGCCCCGGGUCAGGGGGGCCAGAGCCUGGGACGGAGACGUCACCCGGGAGCUGGGCAAGGAAGAGACCUUGGACAGACACGAGAAGAUCGAGCAGGCUGCUUUCCAGAUCAUCUCCAAGGUGAUCUUGGAGGCCACCGAGGAGGUGCUGGCCACCACGAUGGGCAGGAUCGCAGGUCGGGUGUGUCAGGCCUCGGCUGCUCCGCUCCAGGGGCCAAAGGAGGAGAGCUGUGUCCCAGCCAGCCAGAAAACUGCCCUGGGCCAGGGUGCCACGGAGCCUGCUAUGGCCACAGCGGAGGCAGCCACGGGCCCAGUGGACGCUGCCCUCCCCUCCGUAGACCUGCAGGCAGAGGCUCUGCCACCACCAAAGACCUGCGUGAGCUGCCUGACCAGCCCUCUGUCCAGCCCCACCAAGGACAGGAAGCCAAAGAACGCCGCGCACCACAUCUCCCUGGCCCCCUGCCCUCCGCCGGCUGCCCCCCUUGGAGAAUUGCUCGUUGAGGCAGGUGUCCUGGCAGAAGAUACUGCCUGUGUCACCUGUGUGUCCGACAACGGCCAGGGUGUCCCCUCAGUGGCCUCCUCUGGGCAGUGCUCAGAUUCCAUCAGCACUUCGGGGCUCGAAGACUCUUGUACAGAGACCACCUCCAGCCCCAGGGACAAGGCCGCCACCCCGCCACUGCCAGAAAGUACUGUGCCCUUCAGCAACGGGGUGCUGAAGGGGGAGCUGUCGGACUUGGGGACUGAGGACGGAUGGACCGUGGACACGGAAGCAGAUCAUUCGGGAGGUUCGGACGGGAACAGCAUGGAUUCGGUGGAUGGCUGCUGUGGCCUCAGGAAGGCUGACAGUUUCCAGAAUGUCCAGGCGGGCUCCAGUCCCAAGAAGGUCGACCUCAUCAUCUGGGAGAUCGAGGUGCCAAAGCACCUAGUGGGUCGGCUGAUUGGCAAGCAGGGACGGUAUGUGAGUUUUCUGAAGCAGACGUCCGGUGCCAAGAUCUACAUCUCAACCCUGCCUUACACCCAGAACAUCCAGAUCUGCCACAUAGAAGGCUCUCAGCAUCAUGUGGACAAGGCACUGAACUUGAUUGGGAAGAAGUUCAAGGAACUGAACCUCACCAACAUCUACGCUCCACCACUGCCUUCACUGGCACUGCCUUCUCUUCCAAUGACUUCCUGGCUCAUGCUCCCGGACGGCGUCACUGUGGAGGUGAUCGUGGUCAACCAGGUGAAUGCCGGGCACCUGUUUGUGCAGCAGCACACACACCCCACCUUCCAUGCGCUGCGCAGCCUGGACCAGCAGAUGUACCUCUGCUACUCUCAGCCUGGAAUCCCCACCUUGCCCACCCCGGUGGAGAUAACGGUCAUCUGUGCUGCCCCUGGCGUGGACGGUGCCUGGUGGCGAGCCCAAGUGGUGGCCUCCUAUGAGGAAACCAACGAAGUGGAGAUUCGCUAUGUGGACUACGGUGGAUACAAGAGAGUGAAAGUAGACGUGCUCCGGCAGAUCCGGUCUGACUUUGUGACUCUGCCAUUCCAGGGAGCAGAGGUCCUUCUGGACAGCGUGAUGCCUCUGUCAGAUGAUGACCACUUCUCACCUGAGGCGGACGCAGCUAUGAGCGAGAUGACAGGAAAUGCAGCACUCCUGGCUCAGGUGACGAGUUACAGUCCAACUGGCCUUCCUCUGAUCCAGCUAUGGAGUGUGAUUGGAGAUGAAGUGGUGUUGAUAAACCGGUCGCUGGUGGAGCGAGGACUCGCUCAGUGGGUGGACAGCUACUACACAAGCCUCUGACCCCGUCUCCACAACGCUUCUGGAGUCUUUUUUGCACUGUUGAAAUUGGGCUUGGCACUCAAGGCAAAGACUUUACAUCAAAAUUACAAAUGUUGUCCUCCCCAGAAAGUCCUUUCUUUCUGUACUGUAGUCAUGUUGAGAUGUCUCUGAGACAAGAAGAGAACUGUGGGUUCUUUUCAAAGUCAUAGGGCGGCGAGUAGCCAGCCAGUCAUCUUAACCUGGUUGUAAGCUGUUUAUAAAAAAAAAGGAAAGGUGGAAGGAAAACUGUCUCAGCUAAGUUGUCCCGCCCUGCUCCAUUCCGUUCCUCCUUUCUUCCUAUUUCCUCCCCUACCCAAACCCCAACCCCAACCCCUGUAGCAGACAGGCCAAGGGAUGUGUUGCUUGCUUUUGGGGGAGGGGUUUCUUUUACCUUCAGAGUCUUUCUUCAGGGAGCAAGAUAUGAACUGACUGAUGGGCAUCGAUUACUUUGUAUAGCAUACGAAUGAAUUUAUGAUGUUUAACCAUUUUUUAUAAACUCCAUCUAGUUCUCCAAGAAGGCAGACUUUUUAAUGCAUCUGUAAAUACAAAGCAAUCGUACCUCCGGCCUCAGUCAUUGGGGAAGGGGGAACUGUUAUCUUGCCAAGCCUGGUUGUAAUUUGUAACCAUUUUCUAUUUGUGCAAACUCUGUAAAUAUGUUUAAAAAAAUGUAAUUAUUUUGUACAAGAUACACUGGAGAACAAAGGGAACUCACAAUUUUUCCACGUCCCAUGUUGUCUAUGAGCAGAAGUUACUUGUGCAGGCCACCGCUGUCUGUCCCAGCUCCCAUCGCGUCCUGCAUACUGGACAGGGUGACUGUAUGGUAUAGGUGUGAUCCAGGGAUUUUUUUUUUUUUUCUGUACAAAUUUGUUUAAAAAAAAAAAAAACAACUCAUUGAAUUACCUUGCAGUGGCGUGUGUUUGAUUCUUUUUUAGACUGACUUCAUUCAGCAUUGUGCAAUUUAAAUAACUUAUAAACUUAUAUAAAUCUCAAAUUGUAUACACUAUAGCUUUGAGUCCAUUUUUUCCAUGGUGAAAAAGGGGAGUGAAGGUGGUUGUGAGUGAGAUGGCCUGUAGGGUCCCAUCUAAACUAGGAGACCCAUGGCUCUUUGAAGACAAUUUAGCUAGAAAUUUCCAUCUCCUUUUCCCCUUCUUUGCCCCACAAGGUGGCAGCCAAGCUUCCUUUCGUUUCCUCCACUGAUGGUCUUAAAUAGCCAGGCUUGAGUUUAAAGCACUGGUUUCCCAAAUUCUUUGUGCAUUCUUAAUAGAUCUGUGAAGUUAUUUAAUGUACUCUAGUGCUAAGAAUGAUAUUUAAAAAAAAUACAUGUACAUGGUGAGAGCAGAACUAAGUCUUGAUCUGAGGGCCCCUCCUCUUAAAGGUCCUUGGGCCCAGGCCUCUGUCUCUGGGCUUGCCCACCCCUCCAAGGGCUUCUGGAGAGCUGAGAUAGCCUCAGGGUUCUUCACACGGAAGGCAUCCUCCCACAGAGCUGCAGCCACUCUCCCCAGCUGUGGGUACCAAGUGAUUAAAAGCCUCAUUUUCCCUCAUCUGUAGGAUCAGAUAAUGGUACCAACCUCCGUAAGGCAAUGAAAUGAAAUGGAAAUAUUGGGUUGGCCAAAAAGUUUGGGUUUUUCCAUUGUAAGAUGUUACGGAAAAACUCAAAUGAACUUUUUGGCCAACCCAGUAUCUCUGCUUAUGCAGAGCCUGGCCCACUGCCAGCUCUCAUGUGGCCUUAACCGCCAACAGCCCUAAGUCUCAGCAGUAAUUGGGUGUGACUGUGGCCAAGUUGGGUUAUACUCAGGUAUAAGCUUUUUCUCUGCAAUUCUCAUCACUGGAAAGGGUGUAUGGGAGUCUUCAAGCUAGUUUGAAGAGGGCUCACAAAGCCAAGAGUGCAGGUUCUCUAUCUUUGGGAGCUGUGGAGGGGUUUUGAUGGCAUGAAGCAUGUGAUUCUGGUGCAGGGAGGAGGUUGGGUGAGGUGGAGGAGCAGAGACCAAAGCCAGGGUGGUCCACUGAGACAGGCUUCCUCUAGGAUAGCUCUUGGGGCCAACAGAUGAUGGGGUCAGGAUCCUUGGGUAAAGCCCCAGGAUUGUGGAGGGGAGGCCAUUGGGAGGAGGAGGGUGGGCUGUGUUUGUUGUCUUGGGUCUUAACCUUCAGGGUUAGAAUAUUGGAGGAAAGUGACUUGGAAGUUGCUGAAGGGUAUGUACUGUUUGGUUAAAUACUUCUUAUAUUGCUGUGGGCCUUUGAUUAAUUAACAGAAUUCUGAAGAAGUUGAUUUUGCCCAUCUUGCCGGUAACCUUGUUACUUUUACAGAGGAGCAGGUUUAUGGGUUUACAGAGGUCCUUCCUCCACCAGGUCAGAUGGCAGCCCUCCGGGCAAAUACAUUUUUGAUAUGUUCUUUGAAUUACCUGUGGGUCAUCCAGGGGCCAGCUUAAGUGUGAACUUGAACUCUCCGGAGAAGCCGGGGCUGAGGAGAGAUGGGGUGAUCUGCCCCAAGUGUUGGGGAGAGGUGGGCGGCUGAGCAUAGGAGCUAGAGCAUCCAGCCUGUUUUCACUGCAGGUGUUGUGUGGACUGUAGCCCCUGUCUGGUCCUUGGGGCCCUGCUGGGUAUGGGAGCAGUGACUGGACCUAGUGGGAUGUCAGCAUGGAGGCUGGGUUCUGGGGUUACUGCUGCACCUUGUACAGCUUAGAGGUGGCACCUAACCAUUGCAGGCUUAAGAUCAAACAAGGUUGAGCUGAAGUUUCGGAGAACUUCCUGUGCUGUUUUACGGGUAAUACUUAGUCGUCCAGACAACCCCGCGAGGCGGGUCCCAGAGGUAGGAGACGGGGACUAGAUCAGUUUGCAGAUGGAGUGGAGCUGAGACUUAAAGCCAAGCUCUCAACCGUGACUCCUCUGCGAUAAUGUGAGGAUAAUUAGACCUCGUCCCGUGCCCCCAGACACACACCACAGUGGCUAACUCACCAGCCCAUAGAUGGGAAAGCUUCGGAACUGAGAACUGGAAAAACCGUGAAGGGAGAGAUGCAUCAUUUUGUCUAUUUGAAAAAUUUAAAUUUAUGUAAACAAAUUCAGGAGACACUUGUCGCAUUUAGGCCAGAGAGUGAACUUUUUAACUUUUAAGCCUCCGUGAGCAAGUGUCAUAAAGGAUGACAGAACAUUGAGAACCCAGGCCCGUUUCAGGACCAGCGCUGUCCAGUAGACAUAGUAUGAGCCACGUGUAUGGUUUAAAAUUUUCUAGGAGCCUCAAUAAAUAGGAAAAAUCAGAUGAAAUGAAUAAUAGUUUAUUUAACCCAUUGUUUCAACAUGUAAUGGACAUGAGAAAUAUUGAGAUAUUUUACAGUGUUUUUAUACUAAGUCUGGAUUCCCACACGUGUAUUUUACACUCCUGCCUGUGGGUUCAGACUUACGGCAGCUCAGGUGCUCCACAGCCGCAGGUGGCCGGAGGCUGCCCGUCUGGACAGCUCAGGACUGGACUGUUCCAUGAUCACCAUUGCACCAGUACUAACCACCUCAUGGAUAAGUUCUAGGUUCUUUUGUGCAUUUCUCUAGAUGAACUUUAGAAUGAUUUUGGGGGGGAGGGGGUCAUGGAAAAUGUUCUACCAUAUUUGAAAAUAAUGCAUAUUGUUGGUUUGGUAUAAAGUUUCAUGUAAUCUAUUAAAUUCAGCUUGUAAGUUAUUUAAAUCUGUUUUUCUUUUUUUCUGUCUCCCUCCAGCCCACCCCACCCCCCUUUUCUUUAUGCCUGUACUAUCUAUUUCUAAGAAAACUGCAUUAAAGGAUUGUGUA